AUGUGUGUCGACUGCCGCGCCAUCAAUAACAUCACUGUAAAGUAUCGACACCCUAUCCCUAGACUUGAUGACAUGUUAGAUGAGUUGCAUGGGUCUUGCAUUUUCUCUAAAAUUGAUCUUAAGAGUGGUUAUCACCAAAUCCGGAUGAAGGAAGGUGAUGAGUGGAAAACCGCUUUCAAAACCAAGCAUGGUCUUUAUGAGUGGCUUGUGAUGCCAUUUGGCUUAACCAAUGCGCCAAGUACAUUCAUGCGGUUAAUGAAUCAUGUCUUAGGUUUUGUGGUGAGUGCAGAUGGCGUACAGGUUGAUGAAGAGAAGGUGCAGCUAUCCGGGAUUGGCCUAGUCCUAAGACCGUGGAGAGGUCGGCUUUCAUGGCUUGGCCGGAUUCUAUCGGCGGUUUGUUAA